UUGUCAUUGGUUUUUCAAUGUGCAUUUCAUCUUUGGAGUAAUGGAUGCUCUUUAUUCAUGUUUUGAAAAGUCAUCUGGCAUCUUUUUGAAGUGUGAUUAUGCACCAAUUUCAUUUGGCAAUAUCAAUGGGAAAGAUAAAGGAAAUCUUGAAAAUUUGGUGAAUGACAUUGUUGGGGUAUCUGUCAGCAAUCAAGGUGAACAUUCAAAGCCUAGUAAGAGUGUCAAGAGGCGUGGAAAAAGAGCUCAACAAGAAGCAGCCAGAGAGCAAAGAAUACAAGAAGAGCAGAACUUCAGAUUCCAGAGUAGUCUGGGCUCCUCUUGUUUCAGCCAGUGAGAUUCAAAGUUUGGAAUGGAGGACACACCUAAAGUAGAGGAGGAAUUGUCUGAGCUGGCCUCUGAAAAUGCACCUGAGAAGAAGCAAGAAACCAGGGAAGAGAUGCUUUCUAGGCACAGAAAAGAGAUUUCCAAGCUACAGGACAAAGAAACUGCAAUGAAAAAGGCAGCUGCAAAAGGUAGCAAGGCGGAGCAGAAAGCUAAGAAGAAACAAGUAGAUGAAGAGAUGUCUAAACUUUUGACAGAGCUCAAAGAAAAACAUGCUGCAGAACUUGCUUCUCUGGGCUAUAGUGGUAAUAUCAAUACGAAAGAUAAUGGAAAUCUUGAAAAUUUGGUGAAUGCCAUUGCUGGGGUAUCUGUCGUCAGCAAUCAAGCUGAACAUUCAAAGCCUAGUAAGAGUGUCAAGAGGCGUGAAAAGAGAGCUCAACAAGAAGCCGCCAGAGAGCAAAGAAUACAAGAAGAGCAAAGUAAUAUUACGAGUGAUCGGGUCAUUGAGAAUGAGAAGCUGGAAAAGAAGCUCGAACCCCUUGGAUUGACCAUUAAUGAAAUAAAGCCUGAUGGACACUGUCUCUAUAGAGCUGUUGAGAAUCAGCUAGCUCUACAUUCUGGAGACUCAUCUCCUUAUACUUACCUAGAACUACGACAAAUGGUGGCUGCUUACAUGAGGAACCAUGCAUCCGAUUUCCUUCCCUUUUUCCUCUCUGAGAAUAUUAUUAUUGAAGGCGAAUCAGAUGAUUCUCUUAUGCAGCAGCAGAGGUUUGAUAACUAUUGUAGAGAAGUGGAGUCAACUGCAGCAUGGGGAGGACAACUUGAGCUCGGUGCCCUCACUCAUAUCUUAAAGAAACAUAUCCUCGUAUAUUCAGGAUCUUUCCCUGAUGUGGAGAUGGGAAAGGAAUACAAAUCCCCCACUAGUGUCACUGCCUCAUUUCAGCCAAGUAUCAUGCUAUCAUACCACAGGCAUGCAUACGGACUUGGCGAGCAUUAUAACUCGCUCAUCCCCAACACAGCUUCAUAGCUAUGCAUAUAUAUGUCAGAUAUAUGAUCGAGGCCGGUUUCCUUCACUUCACUAGUAUACCAUUGACCUAUUAGUUGUAGUAUUUUCACAAAAUAUUGGCUAAAGCGUCAUCCUGCAUUAUAAAUUAUAUCGGAUUGUUCAUGCCG